AUGGCAAGCCUGUACAAUCUCUAUUGCUCUAAGUAUGGAUAUCCUUCGUCUCGGAUGCUUUCCAAACAAGACGCGAGCAACGGUCCAAGGACGAUUCCGGCCGACUUGUUGUCGAAUUCAGUUCAGCUGGGUAUGGAAACUGACACAGCGACUCCAGAUGAGGAGGAGAUGCUUAUGUUCACUCUGGGUCCAGAAGGAGGCCUAAUGAAGACUCGAUCCUUGUGUGGAGCAUUGUCGGCUAUUGCGCCACCACGAUGCGGUGUCGAUGGUCGUGUUAUCCUUCAGUUCUUCAACGGUUGUCUGACGAGCAAGAACGCCACACUAGCAUUGGAGACAUAUUUCAAGUAUAAAGAGGAAAAGAUGCCGACUGCUGAUCCUGCCAUGAACCUCCAAGUUAUGGAUAAGGUGAUCAAAGUCCUGGCCAUGAAAGAGCAGUGGGAAGAUAUAUGUAACAUCUAUACGGUGGAUAUGCAGCCAUCUGGACUGUCACCAGACCCAGCGCUGUGCAGUCUAAUAGUGUUUGCAGCUGUCCGGGCUGGGCGUCAUGAACUUGCUGAUAUGCUGUUCCGAAUGCAUCCGAAGAAAGACGACGAUUUUGGAAUGCAUAUGGCGAUGAUAAGGAGCUAUGGGCUGCAGGGAGACCUUGGCUCAGCUUUGGAGCUGUUCACGGAGUUGAAAGCUGCUGUUGCUGCUGGUGAGGCUGGGGAUGCAUCGACGGCGGUGACACUAGGGUGUAACAGCUCGGGAGAACUCAGCCCUUUCGUAUACAAUUGUUUGUUGGAUGCAGCUGUUCAGUGUGACGAUAUGGAUGUGGUUGGCAAAGUCUUUGAGGAGAUGAAGGGGGCCGGCAGAUUAGACGUGAGUAUCACUGGUGCGGGGGUACCGAACGUGGUAUCGUUCAAUACGGUCAUGAAGGGUCAUCUGAAGCAGGGCAAUAUGAGACAGGCUCGAAAAACGAUGCGUGAGAUGCAGGAGGCGGGUUUUCCACCCAAUGUUAUAACGUACAACGAGCUACUGCAUAGCAUGGUCCAGGGCAAGGAUAAGAGGGGCAUCUGGGAGGUCGUCGAGGAGAUGAAGGCAAACGGUCUGCCUCCGAAUAAAGUAACAUGUUCUAUAUUGCUCAAGGCAUUGACGAGCCAUUCCCAUGCCUCUGAUGUGGUGAGAACCAUGGAGUUAGUGGAGAGAAUGCGUGGGGAGAUGGAUGAAGUACUGUUUUCAUCAGUCAUUGAGGCAUGCAUCCGGAUUGGGAAAUUGGACAUACUCUCGAAUAAGCUCCAACAGUACAUCCUUGUAGGCUCACAGGGGCCGAUGGUUGGGUGUAGGUAUACGGCUGGAGGAGGCCUGGUGAAGGGCCUUACAGCGCCGACAUAUGGGAGUAUGAUUAAGGCGUAUGGGCACGCUAAGGAUCUGAGGAGGGUCUGGUCGCUGUGGUCGGAGAUGCGUCAAAGGGCUGUUAAACCGACAGCAAUAACGUUGGGAUGUAUGGUUGAUGCUCUGGUCACGAAUCGCUACCCAGAAGAUGCGCUAUCAUUAAUUCAUGAAAUGCUCAAUACACCAGAUUGCGCUGAUUGUGUGAACACUAUCGUGUACUCAACGGUGCUCAAGGGGUUCGCCCUUUCUAAACAAGUAGAUAGAGUUUUUGAUAUAUACCAGGAAAUGAGGAGUAAUAAGAUUCCCCUUAAUACAGUCUCCUUCAAUACGAUCAUGGACGCCUGUGCUCGGAGCGGUUCGAUGGAGCGGGUUUCGGAUAUAUUUCGAGAAAUGGACGAGCAAGGAAUCGAACCUGAUAUCAUCACUUACAGCACUGUAGUGAAAGGUUACUGCUUGGCUGGGGACGUUGAUACGGCCUUCUCAGUGUUGAGGGAUAUGUCGGGCGUCAGUCGUCGUGGCGGUCGUAAGAAAUUCGCGCCUGAUGAGAUCAUGUACAACUCUCUGUUGGAUGGGUGCGCUAAGCAGCAUCGCGUUGAUCAAGCAUUGCAGUUGCUUGAUGAGAUGCGGGCGAAUGGAGUUGCACCAAGUAACUAUACUCUGUCGAUUUUGGUGAAGUUACUGGGCAGAGCACGGAGGCUGUUGGAGGCUUUCAAUAUGGUUGAGGAUCUCUCCACAGCUUACAGCUUCCGAGCCAACGUCCACGUGUACACGUGUUUGAUACAGGCGUGUGUGCACAACAAACAGCUACAGAGGGCUAUGAAAUUACAUGAUGCGAUGAUCCAGGAGUACCGGGUUGAUCCGGAUCAGAAGACGUACGCGGUAUUGGCACGUGGGUGUAUCUACUCCAAUCAGUUGGAGAUGGCGGCCAAAGUUGUCCGAUGUGCAUAUGGCUUGCCGAGCCCGCAUGGCUUAGCCGUAUGCAGGAGGCCGCCUGGUAUGGAAGCGCGUGUGACGGACGAGAUUCUGAACCAAAUCUCCCAACGUGGUGGAAGGCCAGCUGCGUCUCAGCUCGCUGCUCCUUUGCUUAGUGAGCUGAGGAGUUACUGUGGUGUCAGAAUCUCCGAUGAUACGGUAGGCGUCGUGAUGGGUGGUACUGCUCGACAUGGGUAUCAAACAAGACGGGACAUCCCCCCACGCUGUGAUAGAAGUGCUCCGCCCCCUUCCCUGCCGCUUUCGUCAACUCUACCUCCGCUCACCCACAACGGAGCCGGUCUAGACCCAGUGGGUGGAAGUCCUCAGUACUCGCCGGUGUCGUCGCCGAUUGAAUCGCCCCAAGGCAGCAUUAGCUCAGUACCAGCCAACGGCAUGUUGCCCGACUUUCAGCUGCCCAUGGCUCAACACUAUGAUGGUAGAAGUCCAUUUUUCGGCCCGUACCCAGGAGGCUUGUACGGGUGAGAUCUUUGUUAUGUGUGAAUCUAUUGUCACUGACUUAGUGGAGCGAUCGUUGGCGCGGUGGAUGAGAGAACUCGGUCGUUGAGCGCGAGUCCUCCGAUAGCAGCAGCCCAGCCGCUACAUGGUCUGCCGCAUCUUCAUUUACCUCCCCAGAUGGAGUAUGGUGGAAUCCUACCGACAGGACUUCUCGAUGGGCAACAACGAUCCGGCUCUCAGCCCGCCGGGUAUCAAUGAUCAAUUCAUGUCCUGUUGUUUAUAUGUGUGCCUGAGAAGGCCUGUGAUGGAACGCUACUGUAGAGGUUACUAUAAUCCCUUUUACUUCAUCAUCAUCACCCGCUUAUUGAACGCAUAUAUCUUUUCGCAUUCAUUGUCGAUUAUUCGACAUCACGCAAAUA